CCGGAUGGUUCUCACUGACCCGUGGAAGCAGCUGUAAAGGCUUGUCCAUGCACAACGGCACUGGUCCAUGCUAUGCAGACAUGAUGGGGACAGACAGUGAAGUGUUUAGUGGUCAGUUUCAAACUGUCCCUCUGUCCGAGUCUCAGCUGGACUUCCCCGGUAAACCGUACUCCUUGUCCGUCCUUAAAGCCGGAUACUGUCUCCCUCAGACGGACGGGACGUUCAGAGCCGACGGGACUAUCACACUCAUAACGGGUCCCAGGACUAUUCUGGUGGACACCGGGGGGCCGUGGGACCGGGACUUUCUUCUAAAGACACUGAAAGAGAAGGGUCUGGAACCGCGGGACAUUAACGUGGUCGUGGGGACUCACGGACAUUCAGACCACGUCGGAAAUCUGAGUCUUUUCCCAACAGCAGUGAUGAUAGUAGGAUAUGAUAUCAGUGAUGGAGACACGUACCGGCCCAACCAGCUGGCAGAGGGACAUGCGUACACUAUUGAUGAGCAUGUAUCUGUAGUUCCCAGUCCAGGCCACACAGGACAACACGUCAGCGUCCAGGUGGCGGGAACUUCAGCUGGCACAGUGCUUGUUGCAGGGGACUUAUUUGAGUGCUGCUCAGAUGAGGACAGCUGGCGGGAUCUGAGUAUGAACACUGCAGUGCAUGAGGUCAGCCGCCAGGAGGCGCUACGUACUGCUGAUGUUAUCAUACCGGGACAUGGACUCCCUUUCAGAGUCCUCAGGAGCUGAAGAGCAAACCAUGGAGAUCAAUAGACUUUUUCCACAGCAGACAUUUUGACUUGUCAUAGCAGGAAAAGCUCAAAGUGUGGUCGAAGAGUCUUUUUCGCUGGGGAAGGUUCUUAACUGAGUGAAAUGAACCGGAAGUAUCAAAGUGGCAGCCAUGAUAAGAGCUUGUAGAAUUAUCUCAAUGCUAAGAAAAUAUGCUUCAAUGCUUCCUUUCUUAUCUCCUUUUAGCAUAGGGUGCACCAAAGGAAAAGAGAUGAUGUCGUCCCACAAUACCUAGUGGCAGCAACAUUUAAAGCGAUGCACCAUUCGGCCGUUCGAAAACACGAUCAACUAAUUUGCCACAUUACACAUCCACAGCCUGUAUCAGCCAUAACUGUGAUUCAUAUCGAUACAUACUGUAUGAGUGGGAAGGAGGGUGCACAAAAAACUGUAUUUCUUCAUAUUUCUUAUCGUCUAAACUACAGAUAUACUCUCAGAUAUUAAUGAAAAGUUUGUUUUCUACAUUAAAAUUAAAUAUAUUUUACUAUAAAUAUA